AUGGCAGUCUCACCGGUCAGUCUGGACCAGAGUGUUGCUGGCCCCGGACACGGUUCAGAAAAAUCAACGGACGGAAGAGAAAAUAAUACGAGUGGUAACAGACGGUGGAUUACUGCGUUUUCGUCGGCGGUACGACAACGUAAUAUACAAGCGCGGCGUAUGAACGGCACGACGGACGGACGGCGGUUUGCGGCGCACGUUGGCGGCGAUAUGAUAAUUCUGGCCAGUCUGGACCAACUAUUGUAG